UAAUUCACGCUAUAAAAACGAUUCGCCUAGGGAACCUCGUCAUUGAACGUUUCGAUACUGACCGAGCGGCAGGGUUGUAUUUUGACUUCAAGGUUUAACAUUUUAACAGAUAGUCUGAAAUGACGUCAAAGCCGAAGAUAUCAAUACAGGUGGUUAGCGAUAUAAUAUGACCCUGGUGUUGGGUUGGGAAGAGAAAGAUGGAGUCGGCAAUUGAAAAGGCACAGGAUCAGUAUGAGAUCAGUGUUUCAUGGGAGCCAUUCUUUCUCCGACCCAACACACCUGUAGAGGGCGUGGCUAAACCACCUGCCACUGCUGGCAAUCCAAGAGUUGGAGAACGUUUGAAAACUGCUGGAUCAGCUGUCGGCAUUGAUUUUACUGGAAAGUGUGAUGUGCUACCAAAUACUGCACUGGCCCAUGUUUUAAUGGAGUAUACCAAACAGGUUUCUAGUCUCGCUAAGCACAAUCAGAUGGCCGAGAUCUUGUUCAAAGGGUAUUUCACUGAUGGCGACCCUCCCUUUUUAGAUAAAUUACUAGAAUAUGCAGAGUCAAUUGGUUUGGAUCGAGAUGCCACCAAGACGUACCUAAUGAAUCCAGAAAAUAGGAAAUCUGUUUAUGACAAGGCAACGGCAUGGAGUGUUAAAGGUGUUUCAGGUGUACCAGAUUUCCGUAUGAAUGGACAGAAAGUGUUCUCUGGAGCUCAGGACGAACAAGCAUUUCUGAGAAUGUUUGAAAUCAUUGCUGAGAAGUUUCCCCUGAGUAGUGAUAACCCGUCAGCAAGCAUGUGAGACAAUGCCUCUCCCUGACUACCAUCUUACUCUAAAUAAUUAGAUUUUUUUUAAAAAUUCAUAUUAAUUUCAGUGCUAUGCUUAGUGUAAACAUGAAUCAUUCAUCCUGAACUUGAUAAUUAAUUAUGAUACCAUUGUUAAUUACUAACUAAAAUAUGCCACACCCUCUGUUCUCGUGCACACACACACAGAAGAGUAUUAGGAAAAAGCAAAGUGUGUUUUUUUAAGUAGAUUACUUUAUGCUAGGGAUCAGAGCUGAAUCUUUAAAAAACACACUCAAUGAAACCACAUAGAAAAAUCUAGUCCUCAAUAAGGUUUGUCCUCUGAAUGAGCUGAGAAGUCGUAUUUCCAUACCUCUUAAAAGCACACGCAAAAACGUUUUCACUGGAUUCCCAAACCCAGUCAUUCAUUCUAACCCACUAAUCCUUUAUUCUAAGUCCCUCAUACUUGACAAGCUCAUUCAUACUUUUAGACUAAAAUCCCUAAAUCUAAAACAAUAUCCCUAUUCCAUAAACAUCUAAUGAGCUGAACACUCGUAUUUUUAUACCUCUCAAAAGCACACACAAAAACGUUUUCACUGGAUCCCUAGACUCAGUCAUUCAGCCUAAUCCACUAAUCCUUUAUUCUAAGCCCCUCUUACUUGACAAGCUCAUUCAGACUGUAAGACUAAAACCCCUAAAUCUAAAACAAUAUCCCUAUUCUAUAAACAUUUACCACUGAGCCAAUAAUACCUAUUCUGUCUGUACCAAGAACCCCGCUAUUUUUUCAUCAUACAUCGCUACUCCUUAGAAUUGAAUUUUGAAGGAAUCUAAUUGCUUAGAGAUCAAGCACUUCUUAUCCUGUAUCUAUAUCUUUCAUAGAUGUGUAAUGUCACCAGCCAGGUUGCCAUAGUGUAGCCAUGGA